UAGGGAUGAGAUGCUUGUUCAUUCAACUCUGAAUAAUACGUUUUCCCAAGACAUCUGAGCCAACAAUGACAGCCUACUAUGACUUUCGCUCUGACUCCAGAAUCCAUUCUUCUGCUGACAGAGAAAGCCAACUGCAGAAAGAGACCUCUAAUCACAUACUCUCCACGCAAGAUGAAACUGUACAUAGAAGAUGAUCUCAAAUCCAGUGAAUGAUUCUAAGAACUGGAGUUCUAAUUCUGUUACCACAGUACUUUUUGACUGCUCAUAAAACAUUGCUUCAGCCAGGAUUACCCCUCUAGAGAAAUGUCAUGACAUUUUCUGGAAAUUCUUAAAGUUCUUAUUCAAGUAUAAAUCUAAGUGACAUCAAGAAGCUGAAAGUUUAAGUAGCCAUUUUUGGGAUAUGCAUUGAGACUUUGAAAGUGCACUCUUAUAGCUGUUAUUUUGUAAAUUUCCCUCCCUGGGUUUAUGCCUUUAUCCACCUCCAUUUUCUCCAAUUUUCUACAUGCACUAAUUCCCGGGAAUUUUUAUUUGCUUCUUAUCUGGGUAUGUGUCUAUUUUUGGUUGAACCCUCCAUUAAGAGACCAGAUUUCUGGUCUCUGAACAUGGAGUUGUGUCUUUGAACACAAAGCUCAGAAUUCUUGCCUAAUGAAGAGGAAAGUGAAUAAGAAUGGAAGUCAGAACAUAAUUUGUUUGUGUGAUGCAGAUACUGUUUUUUCCUAUAGAGAACCAAAAGAAAAGAAGAAAAAGAAAAAGGAAAAGAAGAGCAAGCCAGAUGGUAAAAAUGAAAAUAAAAAGGACCCAGAAAAGAAACAGAAGAAAGAAAAGGACAAAGACAAGAAAAAGAAAGAGGAGAAAGGCAAAGAUAAGAAAGAGGAAGAGAAGAAGGAAGUCGUGGUUAUUGAUCCCUCAGGAAAUACGUAUUACAACUGGCUGUUCUGCAUCACCUUACCUGUUAUGUAUAACUGGACCAUGAUUAUUGCAAGAGCAUGUUUUGAUGAACUUCAGUCUGAUUACCUAGAAUACUGGCUCGUUUUUGAUUACUUAUCAGAUAUAGUCUAUCUUCUUGAUAUGUUUGUACGAACAAGGACAGGUUACCUAGAACAAGGACUACUGGUGAAGGAAGAGCGUAAACUCAUAGAGAAGUAUAAAUCAACCUUUCAAUUUAAACUUGAUGUUCUAUCAGUGAUCCCAACUGAUCUGCUGUAUAUUAAGUUCGGCUGGAAUUAUCCAGAAAUUAGAUUAAACAGAUUGUUAAGGAUCUCUCGAAUGUUUGAAUUCUUCCAGAGAACAGAAACAAGGACAAACUACCCAAACAUCUUCAGGAUCUCUAACCUUGUUAUGUAUAUCAUCAUCAUCAUCCAUUGGAAUGCGUGUGUGUACUUCUCUAUUUCCAAGGCUAUUGGGUUUGGAAAUGACACAUGGGUCUAUCCUGAUGUUAAUGAUCCUGAUUUUGGCCGUUUGGCUAGAAAAUAUGUGUACAGUCUUUACUGGUCUACACUGACUUUGACCACUAUUGGGGAAACACCACCUCCCGUGAGGGAUUCUGAGUAUUUCUUUGUGGUGGCUGAUUUCCUCAUUGGAGUGUUAAUUUUUGCCACCAUUGUCGGUAACAUAGGUUCUAUGAUUUCCAACAUGAAUGCAGCCAGGGCAGAAUUUCAAGCAAGAAUUGACGCGAUCAAGCAAUACAUGCAUUUUCGAAAUGUAAGCAAAGAUAUGGAAAAGCGAGUUAUUAAAUGGUUCGACUAUCUGUGGACCAACAAAAAAACAGUGGAUGAGAGAGAAGUCUUGAAGUAUCUACCUGAUAAAUUAAGAGCAGAGAUCGCCAUCAACGUUCACUUAGACACAUUAAAAAAGGUGCGCAUUUUUGCGGACUGUGAAGCUGGUCUGUUGGUGGAGUUGGUCUUGAAAUUACAACCCCAAGUCUACAGUCCUGGAGAUUACAUUUGCAAGAAAGGGGAUAUUGGCCGAGAGAUGUACAUCAUCAAGGAAGGCAAACUCGCUGUGGUGGCUGAUGAUGGGAUCACUCAGUUUGUGGUAUUGAGUGAUGGCAGCUACUUUGGUGAAAUCAGUAUCCUUAAUAUUAAAGGUAGCAAAGCUGGCAAUCGAAGAACAGCCAAUAUUAAAAGCAUUGGCUACUCAGAUCUAUUCUGUCUCUCAAAAGAUGACCUCAUGGAAGCUCUAACUGAGUACCCAGAUGCCAAAGGUAUGCUAGAAGAGAAAGGGAAGCAAAUCUUGAUGAAAGAUGGUCUAUUGGACAUAAACAUUGCAAAUGCUGGAAGUGAUCCUAAAGAUCUCGAGGAGAAGGUCACCCGAAUGGAGAGCUCAGUAGACCUCCUGCAAACAAGGUUUGCUCGGAUCCUGGCUGAGUAUGAGUCAAUGCAGCAGAAACUGAAACAGAGACUGACCAAGGUUGAGAAAUUCCUGAAACCGCUUAUUGACACAGAAUUUUCAGCUAUCGAAGGAUCUGGGACUGAAAGUGGGCCCGCAGACUCUACACAGGACUGAAAAGCUGGUUUUUCAUAAGGACGUUCCUCAGGAUCCUUUUGGUGAUAUGAUGAAGGUACCUGCAAGCUGGAAGACAAGGAUGACUCAGCUGGGAAUUUUUCCAUAGGGAAAAUGUGCUUUGGUGCAGGGCACAAAGCCAUACAUUUGCUUGUGAGGUACUGUGGCUAAAGAAUCAUCACACUUAGAAUUUUUCACAAUGGAUAACCUGCAAAGAUAUGAACCAAUUAAUUUGUCAGCAUCUCUUAUCUUCUAAUUUUUUUCACAUAUGGUCCUUUUAUGUUACACUCUUUAUAAAAGUGAACAAACAUCUCUCACUUUCAGACAAUUUAUAUUUCUCAGGAGCAACUGAAAAUUAUCAUGUACCUCAUGUUCAGGAUACUAUUUAAAAAGAAUUAAAAUGCAAUAAAGUGAGAUAAAUCCU